AAUGAGCACGCCAGCAUAUAUUUGGUGUGUCCUACCCAUCCGAAGCCUCCCCCCCAAUCGGUGCUCCUCUCGCCUUCCCGGUCUCUCUCUCUCUCUCGAUCGAUCGACCGAAGGCAGCCUUGAGGCAGAGGAAUGCAGGACUGAGGACACGAGUGUUUGACACCCCAGGCACAGAGUUGGUUAAGUAUUUUGCUGAAUGCUUUAGUUUCAUCGAUGAAGCUAGAAGUGCAGGUGGUGGCGUGUUGGUUCAUUGCUUUGCAGGAAUGUCAAGAAGGUAAGUUUGUUGUUUCCUGCUAAUCUGGUUUUAAAAUAUUAUUUAAAAGAAUAAUGGAGUAAUUGAUUCAAAAUUGCAUUGUGAGUUUCAAACUCCAAGGUCUUUUAUAAUUUUGCAUGAAGCUAACAUCCGGAUGCAAAAACAGUAUUUUUCAGGCCUAAAAGAUCUGGAUUCACUUGUAUUUAUUUGUCUGAGAUCAUACUUAGAUCAAUUAUUUAUCUGAGUAUCCUCAAAACAACCAACAAGAAUGUUUCAAGCAUAUUCAAACACACAAUUUUAUUUACAUAAUUCUUGAUGCAUAACAGAUGUGCAAAUAUUGAUUACAAUCAGAAUAUAAAUGUGUCGCUAACUUGAUCAACCAUCUUCAUUGAAGACUAUGUAUCUCAUCAUUUCCUAAAGGGUCUUAAUCAUCAAGGACUAGUAUUAGUUAAAAUUGUUAGUAGUACAUCAUCUCAGCAAUUAAAUCAAGGUUGCAUGAUGAAAUUCAGGUUGCAUUAAUAUAUAACUUAACUAAUCUAAUAGUAAUUUCCAAGAUAAAGUAUGGCAGGAUUCAAAUGCAAAUCCUGGUAAGAAAGCACUAUUGAUGGUGGUUCCAAUGGAGAUUCAUAAUUGUGCGUAUUUUCUCUUUGGUUCAUAAAUUUACUAGGACUCAUCAAAGCAUAUGUUAAGUUUCAAAUCUUGUAUGAGAUAGUUUUGGUUGACAUACGAUCGUGUAGGCUUACUGUAGUUGGGCUUCAGCUCUAGUUUGUGGUACAGGUAUUCGUACUAGGUAUUACAUUUAUAUUGAUAUGCAAUAUGAGGAAGGUAGUCAUAUUUGGGUGGCUAUUCUGAGUCAUCAUUGUUUGUGAUUCUCAUUUUACGUAUAAUUAUGAUUUUAUGUGGCUGGAAGUAGCAUCAGAUCUCCACAGCAAUUUCAUUGUAUGUAAUGUGAUACAUUCAAACUUCUUUGGAUGUUGUAUUGCAAUUCAUGUGGCAUAUAGUUAGGUAUCUUAACAGGAAACAUGUUUUCUUGGCAUGCCAGUUGCGGUAUGCGAUACUUUUUUGGCAGCAAUCUUGAAAGACUCUGGAUUGAUGCCAAAUGCUGUGGGAUUAAAUUAAAGAAUAGAUAUUUGGAAAUCUUCAUUUUGUGGUGUGGAAGUUCUAAAUAUUUGAAAAAAUAUAAAACUUGCACUUUUUUUUUCUGUAAUCAACUAGCUGCUAAUAGUUAUUUUACAGUGUCACUGUUGUUGUUUCUUAUUUGAUGAAGCAUCGGAUGAGUCUUUCAGAUGCAUUGUCACUAGUUAGGAGCAAACGACCACAUAUUAGCCCCUAAUCAUGGUUUUCUUACUCAAUUGGCGAACUUCGAGAAAUCUCUUGGCGAUGUUUCCAUUGUUUCAAAAUUUUGGAAGCUUUAACUUUGUGCUUCCAAAAAUCCUAGGGAAAAAAAGCAAGACUCUGACAGCAGGAUACUUGAGCAGGAUACGGGUGCUAUUCCACAUAAAUAAACUCCUCGUAUGCACCACAAUCUUUGUUUUUUGUUUCCAAAAGUUUGAUACAAGAAGUUUUUAUUUAUUGUUUUCAGAAUCCCUCAAAAGCAAGAAAAAAAAACAUAUGGGGCUUGUUCGCUGAAAUCUAGUUCCUUCAUCUUUUUUGUUAUUUGCUUUCUACAAUCUGGAUGAGGGUGCUAAGUGAUGUCUGUGCUAAUUACAUGUUGACUGCAUAAAAUUUUGAUCAUCAUGCUAUUUAUCCAUUUGUGCGUCAGCAUCACAAGGUGGAACAGACACAACAAGCAAUCUGUGUUAAUAUGUAGUAUACUUAAUCAUGGACAACUUAUUAUCUGAAUGCUUUAACACAAGUGUCCUAAAAGUUGCUGAUCAAAUUUUCUUCAUAUUAAACAGUGAAUCAAGGCACAGAGUUCUAAGUUGAUCCAAAAGUCAAUCUUUGGAGGUUAGAUUUCUUUUGGGACAUUUUGAAAGCUUUGUUUUGUUAAGUUACUGUGAAAGCUCUGUGGGAGCCGAAAUGCUCUCUUAUCGAAGGAUCUCUUGUACAUGUCUUUUGGAGAAUAAGAGCAUGCGAUGGAUGGACUCUUGGGACUUAAAUGCCAACACCUCAGGUUCUUCACCAAUGCCUAACUAGGUUGGAUGUAUUAUUCUUUUCUACAAACAAAUUGCUCACAUGUACUUGUCAUAUUAUUGUAAUAUACUUGCUUUGAUCGCAUGACACAGCAGAAAUCCCUCUUCUAAAGUGACAUUAUGUAUGUAAAAAAAAAAGUGUUCUUUUCCAAGUUGAAAUGAUACGCUCAGCAUAUUUGUAUGUUGUGUGAAAAAGCAAAAAUGUUCACCAUAUUGUUGUUAUCAUAGUCACCUUUGCCAGAAGUUUGUGAUGGUAGAAGACUCCUAAACGCAUCUCCUUUACUGCUGUCAUGAUAAAUAGUUUUAGAUUAUUAUUGAUGCUAUUCGAACCCUAAUCGGAGUUGGUUAUGUUGCAAGCUGGGAUGAUAAAAUUGCAUUCUUGUCAUAAUCACAACUAGGAAUGAAGCAGCAUAAAUUGGAUGCAGAGCCUAAAAAAGCCUGAUAGCAGGAGGAUUUUUAGGUAAAACCUAUGCUCCAUCAAAGUUGGCAUGAAUCCAGUGCAGGCCAUGCGUCCAUGGAGGCAUGAGUCGGUGGAAGGAAAGAGGGAGGGAGGGGGGUUCACGGCAGAAGCGCUUGCAUGCUUAGGGUUGGGAGAAACCCGUGAGAGCGUGAAUGUGGAGUGAAUGCCACGGAAUGAAUCAUCAUCGUCUUCCUCGCGACUGCAGUGACUCACUUCUCCCUUCCUCCUUAUCAAUGAAGCCGGUCCAAGUUUGUGAUCAGCGAGUGCAGUCAAACCCACCCCUUCUCGUGCGUGCGUGCGUGCGUGCGUGCUGUGGUGGCCACUCGGAGUAGUAGCUGCCACUCCGCUCACGAGGGCGCAGCCACGCCAUUGAAUGCCCCCUCGAGGGUUUCAGCUGCAGUUCCCCUCCCUCCCUCCCUCCCUCCCCCCGCAGCCAUGUCCCACAUCGCCGUCGAAAGGAACAGGAGAAGGCAGAUGAACGAGCAUCUCAAGGUCCUGCGCACCCUCACCCCUUCCUUCUACAUCAAGAGGGGAGACCAAGCAUCCAUCAUCGGAGGAGCCAUAGAGUUCAUCAAGGAGCUGCAGCAGGUCCUGCACUCCCUGGAGGCCAAGAAGAAGCGUAAGAGCUUGAGCCCCAGCCCUACUCCGAGCCCACGGCCGCUUCUCCAGCUGACAUCAUCACCGACGUCCAGCAGCCCCGACACGGUCAAGGAGCUCGGCGCCUGCUGCAACUCCCCCGUCGCGGAUGUCGAGGCCAAGCUUUCCGGCUCCAACGUGCUUCUGAGGACGCUCUCCAAGCGCAUCCCGGGUCAGGUGGUCAAGAUCAUCACCGUCCUCGAGAGGCAGGCGUUCGAAAUCCUCCACCUCAACAUCAGCAGCAUGGAAGACACCGUGCUCUACUCCUUCGUCAUCAAGAUUGGACUCGAAUGCCAACUGAGUGUGGAAGAGCUUGCGUUAGAGGUCCAAAGGAGCUUUUGCGAAGAGAUUGGGUACCCAAGAAGCUUAGGUGAAUAGUAGUGUAUGAGGUAGUGAUCAAUGAUAAGUAAUCAUAUAUCUUUCACAUAUAAAUGCUAAGCAAAUAGAAUUCCAUUAGUGUUCUUAAUCUCAUCCAUUGAGUUAUGAGUGAGACAUAGAAUAGAAAUCACAUCGAAAGGAUCAACUUUUCCUAUUAA